AUGUCAGAAGAAGACGCGCCGCCGCCGUCGUACGACGCUGCGGCGUCGACGUCUUUUGUCGCGGGCAGCAGCAAGGCCCCUGCAUCAGAAAAGUCCUCCCUCCCCCACGCCAGCACCUCAUCCUCACCCUACCUUACCCCCACCCACUCCCCCAAACCAUCCACGUCCUCGUCCUCGUCCAAAGCCAGCUUCGCCUCCCCCUUAUUCGGCCUGCUCCCCUCCAAGUCCACCCGCGAGGUCCGCACGACCGUGAAAGCGCUCAUUCAGGACAUUAUCGUGCAACAGUCCCCCGCGGAGGCCUGCCGCGGCAUCCUUCAAUCGUGCGCCGAGUCGUGCAAGGCGUACGAUAUCCCCUUGCACAGCAUACUCCAGGAGCGGUACAUGGAGGAGCAUACGCCGUUGUACUGGGCCAUCGUCAAGCGCGCGGAAGAAUACCACUCGUCCUCCUCUUCUUCAUCCUCACCCAACCCCGACCCCUCCGACCCCUCAGACACCACGCUUCUCCUCCUCGCCCUCGCUGCGCCCUUGACCGCCGAUACCAUCGCCGACAUCCGCGCCGCCUGCCUCGUAUUUUCGGACAAUGCGCUCUUUCAGAGAUUGCGCAUGGCCCCGGAGUUCUCGUCCUUGAGCCCCGCUGAGCAGAUCCUGUUCAACGGGGAGGCGAUGGUGCCGGAUAGCGUGCGGGUGGAGGACGUGAAGGGGGAGGGCGCGUUUGUAGCUCACAUCCGGAUCCCGAAGUUCCAGAGGAGGAUGCGGGUGGCGGGGACGGUGGGGGUGGAGUUCGUAGCGUUAGGUCGCAUCUUCUGCCUCGCUUUCCUCAUCACGCCCCAGAACGUCCGCCGACGACAUCCACACCGUCCCGGCUCGUGGUGUCUGUCGCUCAGCCUCAUGGACAACAGCUCGCCGACGUUCUUCAACGGCAGGCUCAUCGUGCCCGAUGCCAGGAGGACCGCAAAGUCAGCAGAUGCCCGCUUGAAGUCAGCCGUCGGCGACACGAAAUCUUCGCGAGACGAGAAUCCCUCCCUUGCAGACACAAAUCGGGCGUCCUCUUCUGCGAGUCCUGCAUCAGACGCAGGCCCCCGGCGCAUGCCCGGCGGGCUCACCAGCAGCACUGGUAGACCGCAGCGCGACCUCGUCAUCCCGCUCAAGAGCGACGAAGAGCUCGUCCCUAUGACACGCUUCCGCGGUCGCCGACGGAACGACGAGAUCCUGGUCGAACUUGAGGAGGGCGCGGGCGGGUUGCAAUUUAGUGGCACCCCCUACCUCCACGAAGACGAUACACUGGUCGCGCACCUGGAGGCGAAGCUGGCAAAGCCAGACGACUACGAAUGCGUCAUCUGCUGA